UGGUGGCAGCUAUUAUAGUUGUUGAUAAGUAAUUGCUAAAUGGCGGAAAUGAUCGGACCGAGGUUGUACAGUUGCUGCAAUUGCAGAAACCAAAUUGCCCUUCACGAUGAUGUUAUAUCCAAGUCCUUUCAGGGGAGAAACGGUCGGGCCUUUUUGUUCUCCCAUGCAAUGAACAUAAUGAUUGGUCCUAAAGAGGAUAGACAAUUGAUGACUGGUCUUCACACGGUUGCUGAUGUCUACUGCUGUGAUUGCCGUGAGGUGUUGGGCUGGAAAUACGAGCGAGCUUACGAGGAGACACAGAAGUACAAGGAAGGGAAAUUCAUUCUCGAGAAGUCGAAAAUUGUCAACGAGAACUGGUAGUGUUACCCAUGUUUUUUCUUUUCUGGAUGAUCCUCCUGAUUAUCUACCUAGUAGAUGGAUGCCUUUCAAUGUUUUUCUUCUUCUCAAUCAAAAAAAUAUUCUGUUCC